UUGGCGCAGUAUCUCAUUGUUUCGUUGCCCACCAUUAAACCAAAAACACACACACACAUACACGACUUUUAGGCUUUUCAGCCGUCAAAUACCAAAAAAAAAAAACAUCAAAACAAGCUGCAAAAGCAAAACCCAAACUACAACAGUCAUGGCGCUCUCUUCCUCGAUUUCUUCAACCUCCUCUAAUGGCGUCUUCUCCAACACAUUGUCUCGCUCUCAUAUCAAACUCUCCACAUUCUUUCUUCCUUCUUCUACUCGUCCUUCUCUCUCCUCUUUCCCAAGAAAGAAUUUGGUUUCUCAAUGGGGGAAGCGGUGGCCGUGUCCUGGUUACAUUCAAGCCUCUGUCAAAGCUACUUCUGUAGAGGGUGCGAUUGAUAAAAUUGAACUGCCGAAAGGUGACAUGUGGUCUGUUCAUAAAUUUGGUGGCACUUGCGUUGGAAGUUCUGACCGGAUAAAGAGCGUUGCAGAAAUAGUUGUGCAAGACAAUUCCGAGAGGAAGUUGGUGAUUGUAUCUGCCAUGUCAAAGGUGACUGACAUGAUGUAUGACUCAAUAAAUAGGGCUCAAUCACGGGACGAGUCUUUUAUGUCUGCUUUGGAUGUUGUUUUAGAGAAACACACGCUAACAGCAAAAGAUAUGUUAGAGGGUGAUGAUCUUCUAAGUUUCUUAUCAAGGUUGCAUGACGAUAUCAAUAAUCUUAAAGCUAUGCUGCGUGCAAUAUACAUAGCUGGUCAUGCAACUGAAUCAUUCACUGAUUUCGUUGUUGGACAUGGAGAAUUAUGGUCUGCACAGAUGCUAUCCCUUGUCAUCAAACAGAAAGGAUAUGAUUGUACAUGGAUGGAUACCAGGGAAGUCCUUGUUGUAAAUCCGACAAGUUCAAAUCAAGUUGAUCCAGAUUUUUUGGAAUCUGAAAAAAGACUUGACAAAUGGUUUUCCUAUAACCCAUCAAGUAUCAUUAUAGCUACUGGCUUUAUAGCUAGUACUCCUCAAAGUAUUCCAACUACACUUAAGAGGGAUGGAAGUGACUUUUCUGCGGCUAUAAUGGGUGCUCUUUUUAGAGCUCGUCAAGUUACAAUAUGGACAGAUGUAGAUGGUGUUUACAGUGCUGAUCCGAGAAAAGUAAGUGAAGCUGUGAUACUUCACACAUUGUCUUAUCAAGAGGCUUGGGAGAUGUCAUACUUUGGUGCAAAUGUAUUACAUCCUCGGACCAUCAUUCCUGUGAUGCGGUUUGACAUUCCAAUUGUAAUAAGAAAUGUAUUUAACCUGGGGGCUCCUGGAACAAAGAUUUGUCGUCCUUCUGCUGAUGAGAAUGGCGAGUAUCUGCAAUCUCCUGUCAAAGGAUUUGCCACAAUCGAUAAUUUGGCCCUUAUAAAUGUGGAGGGUACUGGUAUGGCUGGAGUUCCUGGUACUGCUAGUGCCAUUUUCAGUGCGGUGAAGGAUGUAGGGGCUAAUGUUAUCAUGAUCUCUCAGGCAAGUAGUGAACAUUCUGUGUGCUUUGCUGUGCCUGAGAAGGAAGUUGAAGUUGUGGCUGAAGCUCUGCGGUCUCGAUUUAGCCAAGCUUUAGAAGCUGGACGUCUUUCUCAGGUCGCUGUUAUCCCGAAUUGCAGCAUUCUGGCAGCAGUUGGGCAGAAAAUGGCCAGCACGCCAGGAGUUAGUGCCACUCUUUUUAACGCACUUGCUAAGGCCAAUAUUAAUAUCCGUGCUAUAGCACAAGGCUGUUCUGAAUACAACAUCACUGUAGUCGUCAAGAGGGAUGAUUGUAUUAAAGCCCUGAGGGCUGUUCAUUCCAGGUUCUAUCUCUCAAGGACCACUCUUGCUGUGGGAAUUAUUGGGCCAGGAUUGAUUGGGGCAACUCUGCUUGACCAACUUCGUGAUCAGGCAGCUGAAUUAAAGGAGAAGUUUAACAUUGAUCUGCGUGUUAUGGGAAUCACAAGCUCAAACAAAAUGCUUCUUUCUGACUUGGGUCUUGACUUGUCUAGAUGGAGGGAACUCCGGAGUGAAGAAGGACAAGUAGCCAACUUGCAGAAAUUUGUUCAACAUGUUCAUGGGAAUCAUUUCAUCCCUAACACUGUGUUAGUAGAUUGUACAGCUGACUCUUAUGUUGCAAGUCAUUACUAUGACUGGUUGCGUAAAGGAAUUCACAUAAUUACGCCUAACAAGAAGGCAAAUUCUGGACCUCUUGAUCAGUAUUUGAAGUUGAGAUCUCUGCAACGGCAAUCCUAUACGCACUACUUUUAUGAAGCUACAGUUGGUGCGGGUCUUCCAAUAAUUAGUACUCUAAGAGGUCUUCUUGAAACCGGCGACAAAAUCUUGAGUAUUGAGGGUGUAUUCAGUGGGACUUUAAGCUAUAUAUUCAACAAAUUCAAAGGCGGAAGAAAUUUCAGUGAGGUGGUCACUGAGGCAAAACAAGCUGGUUAUACGGAGCCUGAUCCUAGGGAUGAUCUCUCUGGAACAGAUGUUGCUAGAAAGGUAAUAAUUCUAGCAAGAGAAUGUGGAUUGAAGCUUGAACUUUCAGAUAUUCCUCCAGAAAGCCUUGUGCCAGAACCACUGAGAGCUACUACAUCAGCCGAGGAAUUCAUGGAUCAGCUUCCUCAGUUUGAUGAUGACUGGGCAAAGAAAUUACAAGCCGCUGAAGAUGCAGGGGAGGUUCUAAGAUAUGUGGGAGUGGUGGAUGUGUCCAAUGAAAAGGGACUUGUGAAGUUGAAGAGCUACAAGAAAGAUCACCCAUUUUCUCAGCUCUCAGGGUCGGAUAAUAUCAUCUUAUUUACCACGGAGAGGUAUAAGGAGCAACCUCUUAUAGUUCGGGGUCCUGGUGCUGGAGCUGAGGUUACAGCUGGUGGAGUAUUCAGUGAUAUUUUGCGCUUGGCCUCUUACCUUGGUGCUCCUUCGUAAUCAGUGCUGGAUUCUGUAGAUUAGUCAGAUCUGGUUUAGUUUGUAGCCUCUUGUUAUCAUCCACUAUCAGCUUUUCUAGUUACUUACUGGAAGGGAUCAUUUUCCCGAUUUUCGUGUUGUUAAAGCUGUAGACUUUGUUGAAUAUGUUCAACUUGUAACUCAUUUCGUCAGCAAUGAACAAGUGAUCUUGAUACUGCUGAGUUUGUAUA